UUUUUUAGGUUAUGUUGAUUUUUCAAUAUACAAACUUUUUCUUUUUCAAAUAAAUAAAUAAUAUGGAUGAAAAAAGAAAAUGUGACCGAAAGAGAAAACGAUUUGCUGCACGUCUUAAAAGUUCCAAGGGAAUAUUGUGCACUGAUUAUCCGGGACCUAACAUAGUACUUUGCAAUGUUGGCCAGGCAACGGGUUUAGAGAAAGCUGAUAUACUCAAACUAUUAGAAGCUUUGCCGCAAAAUGUGAAACUUUUAAAGUUUAUAGCUGAGAAAGGUGAAUCACACUCCUACCUAGUGUUCAAUAGCACGGAAAGUGGUCAAUUAUUUUAUGAAACAUAUAAUGGGUCGAAAGCAUUUACUUGUGUACCAAUCUAUAUGAGCUAUGUUGAUUGCGUACCAAACAAUGAAGUAAUAUGCUCAUCAGAAGUUCCUGAUGGAUUGAAAAUAAUAGAAAACUUCAUAACUGAAGAAGAAGAGAAAUCAUACAUAAAACUUUUUGACUGGGUUGACGAGUCUAACUUGAAGAAUCGUCAAGUGAAACACUAUGGGUAUGAGUUCAGGUACGGCAGCAAUGAUGUUGAUUUGAGUUCCCCUCUAUCUGAGAAGAUUCCGGAAGAGUGUGAUGUGUUGUGGACGAGGCUUAAAAGCCAUGGCAUUGAUUUCAGGAUACCAGAUCAAAUGACUGUGAAUAAAUAUAGUCCUGGACAAGGGAUUCCAUCGCACGUGGACAGGCACAGCCCGUUUGGUGAUACAAUCCUGUCUCUCUCCCUCGGCUCGUCAGUGGUGAUGGAGUGGAGACACCACAGUGGCAAAUAUGUACCACUAGUGCUGCCCGCUAGGUCUCUGCUUGUGAUGCAGGGGGAAGCAAGGUACGAUUGGCAACAUGGUAUCCAACCUAGAACAUGGGACCCAAUCAUAGAAGUUCGAACCCAAACCAAUACAGAUACUAACAGUCUAAUUCGAGUAGUAACAAGUGAUGUGACACAGAGACAAACUCGAAUAUCCCUCACAUUCAGAUCUACAAGGCACGGCGAGUGUGAGUGUGUGUAUAGCACGCUGUGUGAUAGAGUGAAGUCGGAAGUUAUUGAAGACCGAACCGCUUCCCGAUUAGAAGAGUUGCAUGUGCAUCAGGUGUACGAGCAAAUCGCGGGUCACUUCAGCUCGACGCGCCACAAGCCGUGGCCCAAAGUGGUGGAGUUCCUACAGAGCGCGCCGGCCGGGGCUAUCGUGCUGGACUUGGGGGCCGGGAAUGGGAAGAAUGUGUUGAAGCGAAAUGAUAUAUUGCAGCUAGCGGGCGAGAGAAGCUGGGGUCUCUUGCAGGAGUGCAAGUCGUACAUGGCUGGUGCAGGGCGCGCGGACUGCGUGCGACUCGACCUGCUGAGGACGCCGCUGCGCGACGCGUGCGCCGACCGCGUCAUAUGCAUAGCUGUUAUACACCACUUCAGUAACCAGGCGAGAAGACUAGAAGCAAUCUCCACAAUAGCUCGCCUAUUACGUCCGGGCGGUCGAGCUUUGAUCACAGUGUGGGCAAAGGACCAAACCAAAUCCAACUACCUCUGCAAAGACAAGCAAAACCACGAGUCGAACUUACACCUCACCGUAGACGGAGUCAACUUGCCUAUACACGAGAACCGAACGCAAUUUAAACAUAACGAUCUUCUAGUUCCUUGGAAAUUGAGGAAGAUCAAGGAAAAUAAACUCGAAAAUCAGUCCAAAACGACAUUGCUGAGGUACUACCAUGUCUUUGAGGAGGGAGAGUUGGAUAAGUUGUGUGAUCUUCCGGAUUUAGUGGUGCAGGAUAGCUUUUAUGAGGAGGGAAACUGGUGUGUUGUUUGUAAGAAAGUUUAAUAAUAUAUUGUUGUUAGCAUAU